CACCCGACCAGCCAUGGGGAAGAUCACCUUCUAUGAGGACCGGGGUUUCCAGGGCCGCUCCUACGAGUGCAGCAGCGACCACUCCAACCUGCAGCCCUACCUCAGCCGCUGCAACUCGGUGCGUGUGGAAAGCGGCUGCUGGAUGCUCCAUGAGCAGCCCAACUACUCGGGCUGCCAGUACUUCCUGCGCCGAGGCGAGUACCCCGACUACCAGCAGUGGAUGGGCCUUAGCGACUCGAUCCGCUCCUGCCACCUCAUCCCCCAGACCAUCUCCUACAGGAUCCGGAUCUAUGAGCGAGAGGACUACAGAGGCCAGAUGGUAGAGUUCACUGAAGACUGCUCCUCUCUUUAUGACCGCUUCCACUUUAAUGAGAUCCACUCCUUCAAUGUGCUGGAGGGCUACUGGGUCCUCUAUGAGAUGUCCAACUUCCAGGGGCGGCAGUACCUGCUGAGGCCAGGAGAGUAUAGGCGAUAUCAUGACUGGCGGGCCGUGAGUGCCAGAGUGGGCUCUCUGCGGAGAGCGGUGGAUAUCUAUUGAAAUGU